AUGAGUGACGCUUACGAACGCGAGCAGCAGAACAAUGCGCUCCUUAACUCUCUCUCCUCGAAAGUCUCAGCGCUCCGUGACGUGACGAUCAACAUCCAUGACAAUGCGCGGGAUCAGGAUACACUCGACCAUACGAGCGAUGUAUUCUCCUCCUUCUCGACGAACUUGAAAGGUAGUGCAACCCGUCUUACCCGCAUGGCGAAGCAAGGCGACACUGUUGCUGUACUGAAGAUCGCCGGAAUGUGCAUCGCGGCCGGAGUCGUUCUCUAUAUUAUCCUCGGAUGGAUAUUUUAA